AUGGCGCUCAUGGGCCACCAUACAUCUCUCUGGGUUUUCUUUAUUUUGAGAAUGGCACAAGAAAAGAUAAUAUCGACUGAUUUGAACUUGGUCAAACUGUAUCAAGAGAUACUGACGGAAGUUCUUCAAACCAAUUUUACGAUCCCAGAGUCGACCAUAGACGAGAUUCACAACAAAAUUUUACACGAAAUCAAAGAGAAAUGUAGACCACUAGUUGAACGUGGGGUGUUGUUUGAAAGAGAUAUUUCAAGAAGAUUAAAUUUUCUUGUCACGCCAAUUUUACAAGAAGCAAAGCGGGUGAACAUGAAUAGAAAAUAUAGUUAUAAUGGUUCUAAGUGUGGAGGUUUAUGUACGAGGAUAUAUAAUCCAAGAGUGCAAAGCUGGACAGUUUUAGAAGGCGAUGUUAACACAGCCUUUAAUGAUAUACGAUCUUGGAUGAAAAAUAUGGAUAAUUUAGAUUCGUCUGUUAUUUAUGGAAGUUGGGGUGAAGCUGGUACAUGCUUUGAUAAUAUCGAACGAUAUCUGCGAUUUCGAGAACUGUUUCCUAAGAUUUUAUAUGAUGUCCCUUACGCCCCUACUCCUUCCAGUGUACAUCCAGGAAAUGGGGCGGACGUGGUAUUUACACCUAUUCAUAGUGAACUUUACAUGCACAAUCCAGAAAAAGUUGUACCUGCGGAGGAUAUUGUAUUAGGCCUUAAAACCUGGAGAAUUUUAAUAGACGAGCAUGGUAUUAGACGCACAGACAGCCAUAAAGGAAUAACAUUUGAUUUUCCAACUUGUGAUUCAUCGUUCGUUGAUGUUGAAAUGAAAGCAAAUAUUGAAUAUUCUUUGACAAAGCAACUGAAAGUGCAAACAUGGGCUGUAGUGCUUUCACUUGGCAUCAAUAAGGUUUUUGAUAAGUCAGUUUCGAAGAAAAUUUCAAAGAUAUUAAAACUUCGUGUUCGUAUCCAUAGCGAUGCCUUGACAUUGAAGGAGCCAAUUCGUGUGUCUAUUAGUUCAGACCAAGCGAGAAAAUUCAUGGAAUCUUACAAUAAAUUUGAACAAAUAAUGAAAGUUACAAACGAUAACCAGUCUGCAGCUUUACCACCUGGUGCUGCACUUACUCAUCUUCGUGAGCGUUAUCCGUGGAUUGAAUUUAUUGAAACUUUACGACGGGGUGGAGUAGAGGCCGCAAUGGCUAUGGUCAAAAAGAAACCCGAAGUAAUACGAAAUUUACCUGCUAAUGAAAACAAUAUUAUGGGAGUUGCUUUCGAAGAAAUUCAGAUCGCCAAGAUGAUGGCUGAGAUUGUGAGAAAUGGAUCACCUAUCGAACUGAUUGCGGGAGAUGGGUUGGGAAGAUUCCAGUAUAACGGAGUGGAAAUGCCAACACCAGAAUAUGCGGAUGCUGUGUUCCAUAACGUAGUAAAAGAUCAAUAUUUUGCUGUCCAGUUUAAAUACAGCGAUGAUCCACGAGGCUUAGUCAAUAUGAUAGAAGAAUGGAAUGUCAAAUGGAGUGGUCGUACUCCAGACCCAAAUCUGCCAGAGCCCCUUCUUCAUGAAAAUGUAGUCUUGAUAGGUCCAAAUGAUGUCGUUGGUGAAGUUACUAAUGGUAAUCUAGGUGAAAGAAUUGUUCGCCAAUUUGAGCAACAUGAGCAAAUAAGAUACACACCAGAUGAUGUCAGUGUUAUGAAACAAUUUCUUGAUGAUAAUUCUGCCCUUUUAAAAGACAUUGUGAAUUCCGAAGACUACAACAAACAUAAACGUGUUCAAGAAGAUGUGAAAAAAAAUAAGAAUACAUUAAACACAAAAGAAAAAAAUCUGUCGAGUCUUCAGGAGAAAUUAAUAAAUCUAAAGCAAGCGAAACUUGACAAAGGAUCAGGUGGAAAUACUGAAGGAAUAGAUAAGGGAAUAUCAUCCAUGGAAAAGAAUAUUAAUGAGAAGAAAGCUGAAAUAUCGAAGGCGAAAAACAAUCUGGAAAUAGCAGAAAACAAACUACAAAUAUCCGAUAAAAAAAUGAGAACGAAGAUAGAAGACAGAAUAACUGCAAAAUAUCGCAAAGAAUAUAUAAAGAAAGCUGCUUUGAAAGAAGUUGCGCUCAAUGUUUUAGUAGCUGCCGCAGUAGAUGGUAUUACAGCUUUGAUAUGCACUGCAGGCGAUGAGUACACUAGAUACAAAAACGGUGAGAUUACCUUGAAACAAUUCACUGGGAAAGUCCUCAAAUCCACUGCUAUAGCAACAGCGAAAGGUGCAGCAUUUGGACUUGGAUUAAGCAGUUUUAAUUUGGCCGCCCAAUAUGCAGUAGCUAAUGGAUCUGUUUACGCUGGUACUUUAACAACUGUGGCUAAAGCCGCUGGACCCGUAUUGAUGGUUGGGAUGUUUCUGAAGCAGUCUUAUGAUAUCGUAACAGCUUGGAAUAAUGGAGACUUGACAACUGCUGGUAUGAAAAAGGCAUUUGCGAGGACUGUCACUGCAGGAGGGUUAAGUAUCGGAGGUAUGGCAGCUGCCGGAUCGUUGAUAGGAGGUCUUGCUGGUCUAUUUGUUGGAGCUGGAUUAGCCAUCGCUAUUGGUGUUGGAGAUUAUUUUCUUGGAGAUAAAUUAUGGAGUUUGUUUUUUAAAGAAGAUGAAGAAGAACAGGCUGCUUUGAUUAUUAAAAAGAUAGAGAAAAUUAGGACAGAAGUUAUUUCGUCAGCUUAUUCCUUAUUUGGACUCACAGAGUAUGCAACUCUUGCAGAAGUAAAAGAAUCUUAUAAAGUUGCCAUACUGAAAUACCAUCCAGAUAAAGGUGGUGAUGCUGAAAUAUUCAAUGCUGUGCGGGUGGCUUAUGGCUUAAUUUGCUCGAUUAAUAACAAUUCGGUUUAA